GGAGGCCGGCCCCCGGGGAUCCAGCGCUGAUGGGGAGCAACAGCUGCAGGUUGCAGCAGUCUCUCCCCGCCCAGGUCCGGCCCCCGUGAUGUUGGGGGCGGCGCCCCUCGCCAGGCUUCGGGUCCCAGGCGGGGGGCGGGAAGGCGCCGGCGCAGGCAGGCAGCUCUGCCAUCGUCCGGGAGCGAGCGCAGGUCACCGUGGCGGGAUGCAGGUGCUCUGGGCCCGCCACCUUGUUCUGCUCGCCGCAUGCCUGCGGCUCUGCGGGGCGCUGGGAGCAUCUUUUUAUGGUGAAAGCUAUGUGGAGCUCAACAACAUAGAAGUUUCCUCUGAGCUGUCUCUUCAAUUAAAAUUUCAAACCAGCAAGCCACAGGGGUUACUUUUUCUUGCAGCUGGGAAAAAUGACUAUUGCAUAAUAGAACUUCUAUCAGGAAACUUAUGGGUAAGAGUGAAUUUGGGUACAAGUGAACAAGUGCUGUUCCCUGAGCAAAGACUUCGUGUGGAUGACUUGGUUUGGCAUUUGGUGGAACUGUAUUAUAUUAAGGAUAAUGUUCUCUUGGUUAUUGACAAACAUUAUGAGACAAAUGGCCAAAUGGCUGGUGGGAUGCACAAUUUUAACUUUCAGCAUGGAAUCUACAUAGGAGGCCAUGGGGGACUCAAUGUCCCUUACCUAGAUGAAAAGGUCCCCAACUUCCGAGGAUGUAUGGAGGAUGUGGUAUUUAACCGUAGGGAGAUCUUGAUGUCCCUUAGAUCUUACCCCGGUUUUAAGAAAGUUUAUGAGGUGUCAUUAGGAUGCAAUGAAGAGUUUUUUGCAGGGGAGGAUGAAGCCAUCAAUUUCUUUAGCUCUAGAUCGUAUGUCACCUUUCCACAGUGGAAGGUGCAAAGGGGAGGAGUAUUGAAAUUUGCUUUGCAAACUGGGAAUCAGCAAGCCUUGCUUUUAUUUCAGUCAGGUAAGGAUGGAGAUUUUGUUGCCUUGGAAAUACAUGAAGGUCUGUUGAAGGUUCACAUAGGAAGGAAUAAAAGUAAAACUGAGCUGUCUUCUUCUGUGUUAAUUAGUGACACCAAAUGGCACACUAUUCAACUCCAGUUCAUGGGAGGGUAUCUGGACCUUGUGGUAGAUGAGCAAGGAGUAAGGAUGUUGCUGCCUUUGGAAAGUAAGCCAUUUGUAUCCGAAGGUCCCCUCUUUAUAGGAGGUCUUGAUAACAAAAUGUGGGAAGAAGUGAAGAUGUUAGACCUUGCCUCUGUGCCUAGGAAAUCUGCUCGAGGAAUCUCUUUGAAAGGCUGCUUACAAGGCUUGGAAGCAAACUCACAAAAGAGAGCAUUAAGGGAUGCCUUUGUUUCCAAAGAUAUUUCUGCAGGGUGCAAAACUGAAAGCACUGAUAAUGGACAUCGUUCUGUUACAACAUUGGCAAAUCUGCCUCAGUCAGAGACUUUGCAUUCCACCAUAGUCCCUGGUGCUAUCAAGCCCUUUUUUCAAGAUCAAAGUAGCUCUCUUUUGGUUUUGAAUAGCUUGGAGGUUCAAGAAGGUGGACGAGCCUUACUGGAACAAAGGCAUAUGAAGGUGAAUAUAGAAUGUAAGGAAUUGGUUUUCAUUUAUUCUCAAAUACUGAUUAAAAUGGAGGAAAUGCCUAUUCAUGGAUUCUUUCAAUUAGAUGUUUCUUCUGAGCAAGAAAUGGUGAAGGCUUUUACUAUGUUAGAUUUGUGGCAAGGAAAAGUGUGGUAUGUCCAUGAUGGUUCAGAAGAACCUACGGAUUACUUCACAUUUUUGGUCUCUUCCAAUAGCAAGAAUGAAAUGCCAUUAUGUCUGCAGGACCAUGAUCCAUAUGUAUUUAACAUUAAUAUCAUUCCAGUGAAUGACCCCCCAUACCUGAACCUCCCAAAAGGAAACAUGCUUCUUGUGUUGGAGAACUCUAAGAAAAGACUGACUCCAAAUAUAAUACAGGUGUCAGACCCUGACACGGAUUCUUUGAGUCUUAGUUUUUCAGUUCUUGGCAACUUGAAUUCAGAUGGUGGGUUUUUAGAAAAUGCCAAUGACCCUGGGAGAGCCAUUAAUGGCUUCACACACACGGAUUUAAGAGAUGGCAGCAUUUUCUAUGUGCACCGAGGGCUUCGAACUUCUCGAGUUGUCCUGCGAGCAAGUGAUGGUGAGCUGGUUAGCAAUACAGUGGUGUUUCGGGUCAUGGCUGUUCCUUGGGACUUUGAAGUGGUCAAUAGAACUGGUGUGGUUGUACCGCAGGGUGGCACUGUUUUGAUUACACAGAGUAAUUUGUCAGUGGAGGUUAAUGGUGAACAUCAUGCAAUGGAGGCUCACUAUGACAUCACUCACCCACCUCAAUUCGGCCAGAUUCAGCGUUGGGGGUCACGUGGGGAAUGGAAACAAGUGAGUAGCUUUUCUCAGCGUUCCAUCAAUAAGAGUCGAGUCCGAUACUACAGUACAUUCGAGGAACUACAGCAGGAAAAUGUUAUGGAUCACUUUAAAUUUAGAGUUAACAUAGAAGGAAAAGUCAGCAAAGAGCUCAUGUUUCCCCUGACUGUACAAUGGCUGAAAUUUACACUUGUGAAAAAUGUUCCUCUAGAGAUCAGUACCAUAAACAAGGAGGUAUUGAAUUCUGAUCAUUUACAGGCUGCAACAGAGGGUGUGGAAGUAGCAGAGAGGGAAAUACAUUUUAAAUUACUCAUUCCACCUAAGAAAGGAAAAUUGCUACUUGACAAUAAAAUUCUAAAAAAAACCUCAAUCUUCAGCCAAAAAAAUAUUACAGACUCUCAAAUAAGUUAUGAACCUCUGGAGAGGCCAAAGGAAGACUCACAGGAUACUUUUAAAUUUUUGAUUGUUGCAAAACACAUUGAAUCAAAAGAUUAUAUUUUCAGAGUACUCUUGAAAGCAGAUGAGACGCGCAUUAUUCUAACAAACAGAGGAUUACUUGUAAAAGAAGGAGAAGGAAAAUUAAUUACAAAAUCAGAAUUAUUUGUUCAAACCUGGGACAAUCAGAUCUUCCAGUAUAAAGUCACCAAGAGUCCUCAGUAUGGAAGGCUGAAAUUGAUUGGCUUUUCAGAUACCCUGGAAAGUAAUGACAGUAUCACUACAUUCACUGAUCAGGACAUAGUGAGUGAGCGGCUGAUGUAUAUUCACGAUGAUUCUGAGACCCAGAGUGAUGAUUUCUUUGUUGUGGUAUCUCCAGGCCAAGAGGGAGUUGUCAAAGAUUUUGACUUGAAACACUUAUCUACAGAAAUCAAAGUCAACAUUUCUGUUGAAUUAAAAAAUGAUGAACGGCCAGUGCGUGUGGUAGAUAAGGCAUUUCAUGUUGUGCGGAAUGGCCAGCGCUUAUUGACUCUAGAAGAUCUUUGCUUCCAUGACCCUGACUUAGAUUUUGAUGAUGGGCAGUUACUGUACACCCGGUGGGGCAUCCCAAAUGGGGAUUUGGUGCGAGCUAGCAACCCUACUGAGAAACUCUACCAGUUCAGACAAGAGGACCUGCGAGAAGGACAGGUACUCUUCAGACAUCGAGGUGCAGACUCUGCCCGCUUUGUGCUGUUUGUGACAGAUGGUGUUCAUUACACUUCAUCCCUUCUGGAGGUCAGUGUUUCAGACCCCUAUAUUCAGAUAGCAAACAACACGGGGCUUCUUGUAAAGAGAGGAAAAGACACCUGCCUCACAACAGCUAACCUGAGUGUCACCACAAAUCAAGAUGUCAGAACGGACCUUGAGGUUGAAUUCCACAUUGUGUGGCCCCCAAAGCAUGGCAGAGUCCUGGUCAACAAUUCUGUGUCCUCGUCAUUUUCUCAACAUGACCUGAAGCCAGGACAUGUGACUUAUAGGCAUGAUGGCAGUGGCAACUUUGACAUAUUCAACAUGACAGUGAAAGUUAAAGAUACAUACUUAGAAGUAGGGGUCUGUGUUCAAGUAGAGUUGGAAGAUCACCACCAUCAUAGUCAAGUUUGGCACAGAAAGACCCUGAUAGUUGAAGAAGGAAAACCAGUAAAACUGAGCAUAAGAAGGCUCCAGGCUGGAAAUGAAUACAGUAUUCCUUCAGAGGCAGUGUUCAUAGUCAGAACUCCACCUAUGCAUGGAUACCUCCAAAAGUCUAUACCAGAAGAAGGCAGCUUGAAUUCUGAUGAAAAGUUCCCUUUGAGCUUUACACACCAGGAUGUUGAUAAUGGCAAUAUCCUUUAUGUGCAGACAGCUCCUGCCCAAAAGCAGGACCAUUUUCUCCUAGACGUGAUAAAUGGUUCCCAAGUUAUGAGUGAAUUGGAAAUCUUGUUGGAUAUUGUCCCUAAGUUGAUUCCUCUGGAAGUACAGAAUUUUACAGUUCAAGAAGGUGGUUCCAAAGCACUUCUGGAAGACUACCUCAAAAUACCAAGCAAAUAUUUUGAAGGACUUGACUGUGAAUUUGUUCUUCUUGAACCACCAAAACAUGGUUAUGUUGAAAGUUCUCACUUUCCAAGAGUAAAGCUAAUGAAAUUUACAAGGAAACAGGUGGAAAAUGAAUCGAUUUUCUACGUUCAUGAUGAUAGUGAGACACUGCUUGACAAUUUUACCAUCUUUGCAAAUAGCUCAGAGCUUGGAAAACAAAGUCUGCCUCAAACUCUUUUUGUGACUGUUGAAUCUGUCAAUGAUGAAGCUCCAGAAAUAAUAGUCAAUAAAAUCCUCCAGGUGCAAGUUAUUGAACUCAGGGCCCCACACUUACUAGGAAAGCUCUCUACCACUGAGCUACACACCCUGGAGAUCUACUUGUUUUUGGUGUGGGUGAAUUCUGUCACUGAGAUAACCAGAGGUGACCUGUGUGCAGAAGAUGGAGACUCCUCCCUGCAGGAUCUAGUCUACUGGGUCACUCCACCUAGCAAUGGGCAUCUGGCUCUGAAGUCCUCUCCUGGUGAAAGCAUCCAGAACUUCACCCAGGCUCAAAUCAAUGAGGGCCAGGUGGUGUUUGAACACUCUGGAGCAAUGUCAGGAGGCUUUAAUUUUCAGGUUACUGAUGGCUUAAACUUUGCACCCCAACAAAUCUUUAGUAUCACAGCUCAAGCGCUGAUCAUUAGCCUGGAAGUAAACAGAGGACUGAGCAUCUUUCCAGGCUCCAUGAAGCCCCUUUCAUCUCAUGACCUGAAGGCUGUGACUAAUGAUGUGUACAGUGCAGGAAAUAGAACUAUAACUUUUAUAGUUCUAAGUUCCCCUAGACUUGGGAGAUUGCUGAGAAUGAAUUCUGACAACAGCACAGAGGAUGUUUUCAUUUUUACCCAAUAUCUGGUCAGUGAAGGGUUGAUACUAUACCAGCAUAUAGAUCAUGAGAACAGCAGCUCGACUGUGGAGGACUCUUUUACAUUCAUGGCAUCUUCUCCACCUGUAGCAGUUCUUGGCCCUGAGGAAUUCUCGAUUACCAUUUCAUAUGAAAUUAAUGAGCCUGGUAGGCAUAGCCGUCUGCUUGCAAAUACAGGAGCUACUGUCAAGGAGGGAGACAAAGUUCUAAUUGACCAAUCUAAGUUAGAUGCUUCCAAUCUCUUAUUUAAAUUACCCAAAUCUCAGCACUCUUCCUAUGAAGUUUGGUUCCAGGUUACAUCUCUUCCUCAUCAUGGAACCAUCAUGGUUGGAGAAAGAAAUAUUACCAAAGAAAAACCCAAUUUCUCCCAAUACAUCAUUAAUAAAUUUGGAGUGACAUACCUUCACGAUGACUCUGAUUCACUGGCUGAUAGUUUUACCUUUGCUGUUUGGCCAAACAAAAAGAGCAAGUCUGCCACCAAACCAGAGGCUGGUUUUCUUGAAGAGUUGUUUAACAUCACCAUUACUCCUGUGAAUGACCAGGCACCAGAAUUAAAGACAAAAGGACUUCGAUUGCAAGUGCUGCAGGGCAGUAGGUUGGUUGUGGGACCUGAAAUCCUGAAAGUGGAGGAUCCGGACAGUCCUCCAGAUGAGAUCAGAUAUGUGAUCAUUCGUAACCCCAAUAAUGGCUUUUUGGCAAUGGCUAACCAUUCAGAUGUACCUUGUCACCAAUUUACACAAGCUGACAUUGAUAGCUGUCAGGUGUGGUUCAUACAAGAUGGAAGCCCAUCCUCUGGAGUGUUUUACUUUAGCGUGACUGAUGGCAAACACCGCCCUUUCUACAAGCUUUUCCAUCUGGAUGUCAUCCCCACCGCCAUCACCCUUUUGAACCUCACCGAGCUGCUCCUCCCACAAGGCCAGACAAUUGUCCCUAUCACCCAUGUUCACCUGUCAGCAGUUACCAAUGGAAGGAGCCCCCACAUAAUUUACAGGAUAACAAGGCCCCUCCAACAUGGGCACUUGCUGAUUGAAAACGAGGUGGUCACUAGCUUUGCCCAGGAGGAUUUGGACUCAGGAAGAUUGUCCUACCAUAUGACAAAUCUCACAGCCUCAGAGGAUCAGCUACAGUUCUCAAUGUUCACAUCAGAAAGCAACCUGACGGGGCAAACACUAAGCAUCAAAGUGAAGCCUCUAUUGCGGGUUAUGUCAAAUCUGAAAGUUGCCAACAGAGUGGCUCAUCAGCUGAGAAGAAAGGACCUUGAUGCAAGUGAACUUGCUAAUAUGACUAACAGUGAUCCCAAAUUUGAAGUGACAGAGCCCCCUGUCCACGGAAGACUUGUACGAAGAGUGGUUCGCAGCACCAUGAUGGAAGAUGCCACACUGUUCACUCAGAAAGAUGUUGACCAAGGACUGUUGGUACUUGACAUGCAUGCUAAUCUAACAGGCACUGAUGUGCUGAAUGACUCUUUCACAUUCUUGCUCAGGGCAGACCAUGUACAGCCAGCAAUAGGUUAUCUCCCCUUCACCAUAGUGCCACCUGACCUCUUACUUCUGCAAACUUUUACACCAGAUGUUCCUCUAGUCACUGGAGAGGUCCUUGGGACCUCAGUUUUCUCACAGAAAAAGCCUGUAGUUUCGUCAGGAUUCACAACACAAACAGAAACUCGAGGGAAGCUGACCCAGACCAGGUGGCAGGGAGCAGAUCCCUGGGGACAACACAGUGGUGCAGAGCCAGAUGUGAAUGGCACGAUCUCUUCCAUGGGGGUCAUUUGGCCACCAGCUGCCACCAAAGUCAGCCCUGGGAUAUCCACUCAGCCCAGAGAGAUCAGUUACCCUCUGAUGGUUAUCAUACCCUUGGCUGCAGUGUUCCUUUUGCUGAUAGUGAUUUCAAUGACCUUAUGUAUCUGGCUGCUGGGCCAGAAAGAAAAAAAGGGAAAACCACUUAUUAACCCCCAGACCAACCUAGAACCCACAACCCCAAGUUGCAAGCCAGAAAGAAGCAUAACUGUUCCAUCUGUCAUAGUGACGCCCCUCAUUCAAAGCUCCAGCAACCCCCCAGCUGGUCUUUUCAGGGCCCUACAGUGUGAGCAGAUGGACCCCACAAUGGUUAAACCGAUCAGAAAAUGUGCUCCUUGGGAGACCUGGAUGAACCUGGAUCCUGACAUGGUCAAGCUCUGCCGACAAACCAACCCCAUGCUGAAACACAACCAAUACUGGGUGUAGAUGGAGGGCUGGAGUUUCUAUUGACUGCCUAUUUUGUAUAAAUACUAGAAUAGGCACUGGGACAUAAUGGGGAAAAAAUGCUUGUUGAAUUAAAAAAAAUAAAAAAGCCAGGCCAUGCUUCCCACUCAGUGCUUAGCCAUAGCCCCAAAUUAGAUAUUGGUGGGUGUUUAUUGUAACUCUGUGUAGCUCUCAUGAGCUUUUCACAGGCCUUCUUCCAUAAAUGCCAUCUUCUGGACUUUACUUUUGCAGUAUAUGUAUAAAUUUUGUUGAUAUUUAGACCCCUUUCCAAGGUGAUGCUGAACAUGUUGGCCCCACUGUAAAUAGCAGUGUUAACAUGGGACAUAGAGUUAAAGAAGGGUUUAGAUAUAUUUCAUUGAGAAUUCACUUCCGAGUGAGUCAGCAGGAAGAGUAAGAACUAUCUCAGCAGUAGGAGAGGAAAUUUAUCACAUCAAUGUGUUUAUGUCCCGAGGUUUAGUUUCCCAACACAGGAAAUGCCUUGAUGCUCCAGAUAGCAGGACAGUCAGAUCUCCUUGGAAGAUAUUCACUGGACAAACAGUAAUGCCUCAGUUCAUGAACACUUCCCUUUGAAAACAAUUUGGUUCACAAACAAAAGAUUCUGGCAAAAUUUUGCUUGUGUUCGCAAACUCUGCAUUGGGUGACACACAUGACCGCAACCAUUUUCCUCACAUAAACACAGACGCAGCCAUGUCCUCCUGAAACAUACAGCAAAUUAAGUUCACAAAGUGAAGUACCACUGCAUUGCAUUUCAAGAAGCUUUAUUUAUUCUGAUUUGUAAAAUCAAGCUUAGUAUACCAAAAAUAUUUAAAAUGCUAAAGGAUAGAACUUUGUUAAAUGCUUUUUUGUUGUCUCAGUUUGGCUUUACAACAAAUUGAAAUAAAGCCCAAUUUGUAAUUGAA